AUGUAUGUCACACAAAUUCUCGCGGCACUGCCUAUACCACCUAGUCAAGAUCCCUUUUACACUGCCCCUCACGGAUUCGAGAAAACAGCGCCUGGAACAAUACUCCGCAUCCGCCACGCCCCUGGAAAUGCUACCAACGUAAUAGCAAACGCCUCAGCUGUCUAUCACAUCGUAUAUCGCACAACUGAUUCCAACUAUAAACCUGCGUUCGCAGUCACAACGCUGUUCAUACCUUUUGAGAAUGCUACCUUAGGGACCAAUUCAUCGCAAACAUCACUCUUGUCCAUCCAAAUCCCGUACAAUUCAGUUUGGGUGGAUGCAAGCCCUAGCUUUGCCAUAUAUUACGAAUUCGCACAGCCAGCAUUUGAAUCAGGAUCCACAAACGACGACACUUCCUACGCUCUAGGGAAAGGAUGGUUCGUCAACAUGCCUGAUCACGAAGGCCCCACUGCCUCUUUUGCAAUGGGCAUUACCGAAGGGCACGCAACCCUCGACUCCAUCCGUGCUGUCCUCUCUUCAGGCCUUCUACCGGACUAUACCCAAACCAAGUAUGCCAUGUGGGGUUAUUCCGGCGGUUCGAUAGCCAGCGAAUGGGCGUCCGAACUGCAGGAGCAGUACGCGCCUGAGCUCAGCUUCGCAGGCAUGGCAAUCGGCGGAUGCGUGCCUAAUCUGACCGAGGCACGCGACAACUUAACAGGAUCUGCGUACGCAGGUCUACUCCCUGGCUUGUAUCUUGGGCUUACGAGCCAGGAUGAGGAAGCCCGCGCGUAUCUCGUCUCGCGUCUCAAGAAGUCGGGCCCUUACAAUGCCACAACAUUCCUAGCCGAUCUGCAUCUCACUGUCAACCAAGCAUUCGCUACUUAUGCGAACCAAGAUCUCUACGACUACUUCAUCAAUGGUCGCGCCGAUCUCCUGGCACCCAUUUUGACGAAGAUUGCAGAUCGGAACUCGUAUCAGGGCUAUCACGGCGUGCCCAAGAUGCCCACGUUUGUUUAUAAAGCGAUUGGUGACGAGUUUUCGACAGUCAAGUCGACGGAUGCGCUGGUUGAACGAUGGUGCAGCAUUAACGUUGAUGUCGAGUACCAGCGCAAUACAGUGGGGAAUCACAUCACGGAGAUCUCCAAUGGGAAGCAAAGGGCGUUGGACUGGUUGGGCAGUAUAUUCGACGGGACGGCGACAAUUGGAGGCUGUUCGGUAAAGAAUGUGUCUGUCAAUGUCGUGAGCUCUGUGUCAUAAACAGCUAAUUCCUACC